AUGAACGAUGAUUAGUUGGUCUGACGAAAAUUCAACAAUAGAGUGCCUAUUUUUUUACAAUGAUUAUUUCUUGUUAUUUACAAUAAAUUUAUUAAAAAAAUAAUAAAAUAAAUACAAAAAACCUUUGUAAAAUUACAUCUCCUCGGAGGAUUAAACGCAGACGCUAGUUUAUUAUCGUAUUGUUCUGUAUUUUUCUCAGCAACUUCUUUAAUUCGAUUAGGUACUUACGCAUAUUAUGUUAAAAAUAAAUAUCUAGUACACAUCUUAGGCUAUCCACCAUUAUUAUCCAAUGACGACUCUCAGCUAACUAUGCACUAUCAUCCAAAAUAAACGUGUAUGGAAAAUUUUAUCCCAGUCGGUUGAGGAUUGAGGAUAAUUGCAUCAACAUACGAACAUACCUACAUACUUUUAUUUACAUAACGCAAGCUAAAUAAAAGCUUGUAAUAAUACAUCUAAUUUUAAGUUAAAAUUGUUAAGUGAUCAUGAUAUAAUUGUAUCAUUCAAAAAUCCACUUACCUUUAAUUAUUUCUUGUUAAGUAUAAAUAUUAUUUCAAAUCUGCUCCCUUAAUAUGCACUUUUUUACUGCUUUUCCUACCUAACACGUUACCAGGAAGUCACGUUACCAGAGUCAGAGUAAUAGUGAACACGUUUGACAGUGAUUGUCGUCGCCUCAUAUUCAGCGUCGACGAAUAGGGGAAUCCCCAGUCAUAAUGUAUUGCAUGCGUGGCGGUCUUACUUCAAAUCCAUAAACAAAGAGAUAAUUACAGAACUCGAUACUAGAUGGCGCUGUUUUUGUUUGAAGAAAGUUUGCGGGCUAAAAUACAUAGAAUUUCAUCAAUGACUUCCACAAAGAACAACAUUUCUGUUUUUUCUAAGUCCGUAUCUCUUCCGUAUAUUUCAUAAGAUAUAAGCUUGGGCUACAUUGUUAUGCAACGUGAUUUUGUCGCUGUCUUGCUAGCAGGGUUGACAGAUAUACGAUUUAAAUCGUACUCAUACUAUUAUUUGUCUAUUUUUUAAUGUACGAUCGUAAAGAUUAUGAUCGUAAUUCGCACAAAAACAUACGACUUUUUGGUUACCUGGCAACAUUUUUAUUAUGAAACGAACAUGCUCACAUCAUCAGUCACAUGCAACAAUUUAUUGGGGAUUUCCCUUCACAUCUGGCAGUCCUGCUUGCUAGAAUAUAGGUAAGUCAGCCACAGUUACUGACGAUCGAUAUUUAAAGGGUAUUGUUUUUGUGCUAAAUAUUUCAUAAAAACGUUAUUUAAUACUUUGUGGAUUAUUAAUUUAGUUGAUAAUCACUGGAAGUAAAAUGGAUGCUAAUUUGAGAGAUCAAGAUCUUCGUAUAAAACAGUUAAUAAAAGAAAAUCUACAAAGAAAAAAAUGUCUGCCAAGCCGUAGCCGAAGCCGAUCUCCAAAUAUAUUUGGCGAUAGUGAGACCCAGUGUCCAGAUGAUUUACCCAGCGUCGUCGCAACAAAGAAAAAAAACGAGGAUAAAGUAAAAGAAAAUUUACUGAAAGAAGAAACAAACUGUUCUAAAUGCUUAAUUUAUGGAGAAGAGGAUAAAAGAAAUGAGUAUUUCGGACUGUUAGUGGCUCAAGAAUUUAAAUAUAUACGGCCAUGUGUGCGAACGAGGUGUUAUGAAGAAAUUUUAAAGUAUCUACGGGAAGCAAAAGGCCAACAUGUUGAUCAACUGCAACAUGAAAACACUGAAAAUUAAUUACUUUCAUUUUAUUAUAUAUAGAUUUUUAAAAUUUCCUGAAAUAUUAUUAGUUAACGUUUUAUUUAAUAUUGUAGAAUUGAUCAAUACAAUUUAUAAAAAUAAUUUAUUGGUAUUACUUACAUAUUUUCAAAAAAUACGUAAAAACCUAUUUUUUUGGGUGAUUAUGGGAGUUUAUGGGUGUUUAUUGGGUUUUUACCAAAGCACCGGGUUUAAACCCGGUGCUUUGCCCAUCUGUAACUGCU